AUGCCGCCAAAGUUCGAUCCCUCUGAAAUUAAGAUUGUUUAUCUUCGAUGUGUUGGGGGAGAAGUGGGUGCCACCUCUGCACUUGCCCCUAAAGUCGGACCACUUGGUUUGUCACCGAAGAAAGUUGGUGACGACAUUGCCAAGGCCACACAGGACUGGAAAGGCUUAAAAGUCACUUGCAAGCUCACUAUCCAGAAUCGUGUUGCCAAAAUCGACGUCGUCCCAUCAGCAGCGUCUCUACUCGUGAAGGAACUCAAGGAACCUCCUCGCGACCGCAAGAAGGUCAAGAACGUGAAGCACAAUGGUGACUUGACGCUGGACUCCAUCAUCAAGAUUGCCCGGAUCAUGAGGCCUCGUUCCAUGGCUCGAAAGCUAGAAGGAACCGUCAAGGAGAUCUUAGGGACUGCUCAAUCUGUCGGUUGCACAAUUGAUGGCCAGCACCCGCACGAUAUUAUAGAGCAGAUCGCGAGCGGUGAAAUCGAGAUACCCGCCGAGUGA